AUGUGUUGCAGAGGGGCAUGUGUCAGAGAGGCAUGUGUUGUAGAGGGCAUGUGUCAGGAAGCUGCAUGUGUUGUAGAGGAGGCACAUGCAGAGGCAUGUGUUGCAGAGGCAUGUGUUGUAGACAUGUGUUUUAGAAUACACAGCAGGCAUGUGGCUGUACAGGCAUGUGCUUGCAGAGGUGGCUGUGUUGCAAAAGGCUCAGGUUUAGGAGGCAUGUGUCAGGGGCAGGGGAUGUGCUGUACAGGCAUGUCAAGCAGUACAGGGGCAUGUGUUGCAGAGGCAUGUACAGUGUGCUGGGCAUGUGCUGUGCUCAGGUUGCAGAAGCAUGAGGCAUGUGUUGUACAGGCAUGUGUUGCAUGCAUGUGUUGCAAAGGCUCAGGUUUUAGGAGGCAUGUGUUGGUAAAGGCUCAGGGCUGGUACAGGCAUGUGCUGUGUAGAGGCAUGUGUUGUAAAGGCUCAGGUUUUAGAGGCAUGUGUUGCGGCCAGGCAUGUGCAGAGUGCUGUGUUGCAGGGCAUGUGUCAGAGGCAUGUGCUGCAGAGGCAUGUGUUGUAGAGGCAUGUACAGAGGCAUGUGUUGUAGAGGCAUGUGCUGUAGAGGUUUUAGGAGGCAUGUGCCAGAAAGAGGCUGUGUUGGUAGAGGCAUGUGUUGUAAAGAGGGCUCAGGUUGCAGUAGGGUCAUGUGCUGCAGAGGCACAUGUGUUGCAGAGGCAUGUGCUUGCAGAGUGCAUGCGCUUGCAGAGGGCUGCUGCAGAGCGUUAUGCGUUUUCAGAGGGCAUGUGUUGCAGAGGGGCAUGCGCUGCGGUGCUGCCUGCGGGUUUUGAGAUAAGCAUGCGUUGCAGAUAG